GGCGCCGGCGCCUCUAUGGUUAGCCGCGCCUGCCGGGCUCUUCGCGAUCCACGCAUCUCUAUGGUGGUGGGGCCGCGUGACGCCAUCAGCCUGCGCUGCUUUGUCCUCUGCCACAGGCGGAGCAAGAUGGCGGCCUCUGUUUUUGCUGUAGCCAGAGCUGGGCUAAAGAAGGGGCACCUGCUGCCGCUGCUACGGCUGGGAGGAGGGCGGCGGCAACGGCCCUUGGGAGCGGCCCAUACGAGGCAGACCUCAGGAGAACCCAGUGCUGCAUGCCAGAAGUAUCCAGGGAUUGUUGAAUCUACUGAUGAAUAUACAUUUGUGGAGAGGCUUAUACCUCUCACCCAAGUACCUGUACCCCCCAAGUAUGACAGAUAUCCCACCCCUUCUGGAUGGAGGCCAUCACAAGAUCCACCUCCUGACCUUCCUUACUUUGUACGGCGGUCACGCAUGCACAACAUCCCAGUUUACACAGAUACAACCCAUGGCUGCAGGAAGAUGACUGUCAUCAGGAAGAUUGAAGGCAACAUCUGGGCCCUUGAAAAUGAAGUGAAGGCAUUCCUCACACAGCUGUCUGGACAGACACCACUUACUCAAGUAAAUGAACUUGCCUGUAGUAUUCGCAUCAAGGGUUAUUUCGACCAGGAAUUAAAAAACUGGCUGAUGGACAAAGGCUUUUAAAUAAAAAACUUAUGAACAGAUUUCCCAUUUA